AACAAAUACACGUGUGUUUUUCGUUGUAAGAAAUUAAAUAAAUAUUAGGUUUGUCUAAAUCUUGGAGGUUUUACUCUGCGAUUAAAAAUAUCAAGGAAAAUAUUGAUUACACAGACACACUUAUUACGUCCUAUGCAUUUUAUUUCAAUUUUUUAAUCAGAAUACAUUUUUAAUUUCAAUAAAUCUAAAAUGCAAAGAAUUGAAAAUUUAGAUUGUUUUCAGUGUUGGAGGAAUAAAGAAAAUGUACGCGGUGAAAAGAUCAAAUUGAAUAACCCAAAAUACUGUUGGUUAUAUCCGAAAAACAAAAGUAAGGAUCUGAAUAAUCUUUUACCAAAAUUUGAAAAUUGCAACGCCUCUUUAUAUACAAAAUGUGAUUAUUAUUUGGAAAGGCAUGUCCACGAAAUUAUACUGCGUUUGGAAAAGCUUUUUAAAUCGCAUAAUGAUCUGACGAAUAAGGAAUUGGACAUUCAAAACCAACUAAUGGAUAUAAUAUGGAUUAAUUCACAAAAAUAUUUAAUUUUAAAUGGGAAUGGACUUUGUGUGAAGACCUAUCCAGAGAUUAUAUCAAGUAGAUAUGAACAGGAAAUUUUACAGGAGCUUCUCUACAACAUUGAAAAGAUCCAUAGUUCGAACUGCCGCAUGAGCAAAUCUUUGGAAUAUAUCAAUGAACAAUUGAUCGACCUAAAAAAUUGGUGCAGCAAGUUGGAUUAUAAGGUGGAUAGUCCAUUUAUAUUGGGAACCUAUUAUUUGAAAUCUCUGAGCUACACCCGUAAUUUAAUUGAAGACCUUUACCAAUAUUUCCAUACAAAUCUCAGUAAAUUAAAAUCCUGGGCUGAAUUAAUUACACCCUCAGAUCCGGUAUCUAUUGAAGAUUACAAGGCAUUAAUACAGCCUUGCAAAGAUUAUGAAACUAACGUGGUAGAGUAUUUAGAUUCCUGCAGAUGCAUGCGUUCAAAGAGAUUCAAAUGUCGAGAAAAACAAACAUAAUUUAGACAUGAACAAAUUUAAAUGACUUAAUUCAUAUGCUGAUUAAUAUAUUUUUCUAUAAAUAUUAUACUAGUGUACUUGUCACAUUCAAUCAAAUAUUUCUAAUAGCGAAAUCUACAGAAAUCCUCUGGUA